AUGAUCUCUAUAGGCGGGUCCUCCUCGUCGUCGUCGUCCGCCGCGGCGGGGGUCAGGAUGGGCGGGGCCAAGCGGCGGGGGAAACCGGGCGGGGCCGCCGCGCCGGGGGCCGCGGGGACGCCGCAGACCAGGUGGCGAAGCGGCACGCAGGAGCGGAUCUACGGCCGGCGCCUGCUGGACGCGCUGCGGGCCACGCGGUCGGGCGCCGCCUCGUCCGCGCAGCCGCCGCAGCCGCGCGCCGUCAAGGCCGCCGCCGACUCGGCGCUGGCGCUCACGGCGCGCGGGCAGUCCCGCUGGAGCCGCGCCAUCCUGCUGGCCGGCGCCGCGUCCUGCCGACGCCGCGUGCUCGUCAAGGCCGGUGGCAAGAUCCGACGCCACCGCCGCCCGCCGGCGCGCGCGGCCGCCGCGGCGUCCGCCGGCGAGCCGCCGUUGCUGAAGGAGCGGAAGGUGAAGGACCGGCUCCGCGUGCUGGGCCGGCUCGUCCCGGGGUGCCGGAAGCUGCAGGCGCCCGACCUGCUCGAGGAGACGGCCGACUACGUGGCCGCGCUGGAGAUGCAGGUCAAGGCCAUGCGCGCGCUCGCCGAUGCGCUCGCGGCGGCCCAGCUAUCGUCGCCUCCCCCGCCGGCCGCCGCCGGCGACGACGAGGCCGAGAUGGAGAGGUGA